AGGACUUGUAGGGGUAGGUAAAAAGUAGGAAAAAAUAUGAAAAAAAAUUCUGAAUCCUUAACUAGAUUAUACCCCGUGCUUCCUAAAUUUGAAAUAGUGUUUUAUGUCGUAGCUUGGAUAUUUUUCUACUUCUGGGCAGUUUUACAAGUUUUCUACAUUUCAAAUGAUAUUACAGUUCCAGCUUUAAGAAGGGGUGAUUUGGAAGUGAAAAGAAAUUUAUUUCAACCAUCGAGGUCUUUGAAGGACACACUCGAUUUUGAAUGGACAUCUUGGAACUAUUUAUUAUGGGAAACUAUCAUUUGUGCGUUUUCUCUGCAUUUUGUUUUCAUGAGAUUUUGUGAAUGGUUUUGGCCUUUGCACAGGUUUUUCUGCUCGGCAAUUUUCAGUAUUUUAUUUUGUUUCUAUUUUUUCGGAUGGCUCUGCGUCGUGUUGCUUCUGGCACAAACUUUUAUCGUGUUUUUCGUCGCUUUUUUAACACGAAACACAGUAUGUACGUGGGUUACUUCUAUUGUUGUCUUAUUGUUACUCACCUACAAACAAACGAUCGACUUUUUGCAAAUCCAAAUUCCCGAUGAUUAUUUGUUAGUAAUGUACAUUUGCACAUGCACGAUGUGCAACUUACGAUAUAUCGCCUUUUCUCUUGAACUUUGCUGGCAAAAAUCAAACUCGAAAAAUUGCGACAAAAACUCGACUGUGGUUUCAUCACUUGAUGGCAGUAUUGGGCACGUCGCAAAAAAUUUGAUUUUAUAUCAAUUCUAUUUCCCUCUGUUAGUUGGGGGACCAAUAAUUAAUUAUAACGACUUCUGUAAACAGAUUUACGAAAAACCAAUUGCAAAAUGGGAUCGUAGCUUUGUUAUGUCUUUUGUGACGGGUAUUCUACGUUACGGGGCAUGCCAUGUUCUCAUAGAUGUCCUCUUAUACUAUUUCUAUGUGACCAGCAUACACAGCGAUGCAGCACUUUUGAAAAAAGUGCCGAUUCAUGCUCUAUGCGGCCUUGCUUUAUGUUACGUUCAAUUCUUCUGUUUAAAAUACAUGGUUUUGUAUGGAUUGCCUGCCAGUGUUGCCAGGGCAGAAAACCUCAGUGUUCCCGGUGCAUCUCACUGUGUGUCAGCCAAACACAGAUUCACCGAUAUGUGGAAGUACUUUGACAAAGGUUUGCACAAUUGGUUGUUACGUUACAUAUAUUUUCCCCUGGGUGGUUAUUCAAAACACGACAGCUUUAUAAAAUCGACCGUAAAUUCAGCAAUACCAUUUGUGUUUGUGUACAUUUGGCAUGGCAUGCAUACGUCACAUUUGUACUGGGCGGCCGUCAACUGGCUUGGGGUUUAUGUCGAAAAAAUAGCGAUGGAUGUUUACAGAAGUGAACGGGUCAAAAUGUUCGAGGCAAAAUACUUGAGCGAAACAAACAGCAGAAGAUUACGAGCCGUGUUCUCUUCUUUGCCUUUUUCUCUUUUAAUCGUCUCAAAUCUCUAUUUUCUUGGAGGGACAGAAGUUGGAAAUAUUUAUAUGCGCCGGACAUAUACUGAAAAUAUCGCAUCAACUUUGUUAAUACAUGUUGUGUUAUAUUUUGGAGUCCAAACAUCGAUGGAAAUAAGUUCAUACCAAAUGUCAAAAACAAAGCAGGCAUAGAAUUUUAACAAACAAUUUUCCCAAAUUUUUCAAUAUUUUAAAAAAUUAACUAAAUUUUUAAUUUUCCGAAAAAAUUAUUGAAUUUUGUAUUUUUCUAAAAAAUAACUGAAUUUAAAAAAAUCAGUGAAAUUUUAUUAAAAAACUAAUGAAAUUAUAUUCAAUAUUAGUUUCGGCUUGUUGUUAAUCGUCAAAUGCAGCUUUACCCACACGGAGAGCAUCCAACAUCUCCAACCCCUAAGUGCAUUUAAGCUGCUUUUUUACUUAUAUUGUACAAUGUCCCUAAUAUUAAACUGUUUAAACUUUAAAUAUUUGUUGAAUUGAAUUUAUUGCAAUCAUUUAUUCGGUACUUUUUUACACAUCAAAAUUAUUUCAAAUGCAAUAGAGAAAUGUGUUUUAAUUUUUGUAUUUUUUUUGUUGUAAAUUGUUUCGGACAGUAACUUGGUGGAUAGUAACCCCUUUUACACUGAUGAUGGACCAAGUUACUGUCUGGAUACUAAACUCAUGAUCAGCAGAUGUUUCGGACAGUAACUUGGUGGAUAGUAACCUCUUUUACACUGAUGAUGGGCCAAGUUACUGUCUGGAUACUAAACUCAUGAUCAGCAGAUGUUUCAGCAUAUAUAUAUAUUGUGUUUAAAUCAUAUUAACCAUGUCUUUAGAGAUUAUAUUGUGCAAUUAGGUUUGAAAUAAAAUGUGUCUUAUUCAGAAA